AUGAAAAAAAAGGUACUUAGAAACACCAAGGAGCCAAAAUCUGCAACACCACAAGAACCAACUACGUACAGCGACUUUUUGGAAGAAGGAUCCAUAGCCGAGGAGAGUGGAGACAGGUGGUUAGGAUCAGAUAUCGCAAAAGCCUUGAGGUUCUAUCAAAAGGCGUAUGAUGCUUACACGAGAUCAAUACAAUUGAAUCAUGGGGCCGAGAACCUAGAUGCUUACUACAAUGCUUCAAGGAUUUUAUUACAAGUGUAUCUUUUAAACAAAUCUUCUGACGGAUUGGUAUUGGAGGACUUGACCAACAUUGAUGAAAUUUAUGGUCCCAAUUCAAUUGUUCAGAGCUUGGAAGUGAUAUUAGACAAGCAUUUAAAGGCAUUGGGAGUUUGUGGAAGACAUCCAGAUCUACUUUACAAUACAGUUACCAUUUAUGUGGAAAUUUUGGAAUCGGAUGUCACCAUAGAAAACAAUGUACCCCUUGAUCAAUUGAUCUCGAUUUUUUCGUCAGCGCAGACGAUAUUGUCUGAGUUAUUACCACGUCAAAUGAACGCUUUGGAAACUUUUGUCCACGAUUUAACCACUUCGACUGCUGAGUCAAGAGCAACACCACCAAGGACGACCCUGCCCAGCACAGAGCAAGAACAAGAGGAAUUAGAGUCAGUGGAAGUAACUCAACCGGUUGAUGGUUUAGAAACUGUAUUGUUGGCAUACAGGAUGAUACAAACGAUCUAUGAGAACCUAACAGAAAGAAACGAUGUAACCAUCAUUAAUACAACAAUCAAGCCCUUUCUUGACUCAGUUGAUCAGGUUGCCAAUGAAUUGGUUUCAAAGUACAGUGAAAGCUCUUUAUCCAAAAACGAAAUGUUGCAAAAUAUAAGCCUUCCACAACUCAAUGAGUUGAAGAUUGCUAGAAAUAGCAUCAUUAGCAUGCAAGGGUCCGAUGCUCUUGAAGCAAUCAACAUUUGGGAUAAGUUUUUCAGCAAUGAAGUCAUACAAGAGAUUCCUCAAAAGUACUUGACCUGUGUGGAUACAGUUCAAACUAUUUUAGAAAGGGACAACAUAACUAUAAACACCAUUAGUGAUUCAUUCUCAACCAGUGACAAAGAGGUUUAUUGGCAAGUGCUAACAAAACAAAACAUUUUGUUAAAGAAGGCGCAAGGAUUAACUCAAGAUGAGUUGAAUACAAAGAGGAAGCUUCCGCUGGGGGUCGAGCAAGGUAUAGGCUCCACAAUUAUUCAAUUAUGUGACAUAAUGAUUGCACGAGCAGACUUGAACUUGCAAAUGUCAAUGAUUAAAGAAUAUGAACCUAGUGCAAAAAACCAAGCUGCAUUACUUCAAAACUGUCGUACGUUACUAAAGUCUAGUAUGAAUAUAGCAAACACAUCGGGAGGAUUGCGAGAGCGUGCUAUUGAGAAGCUAGAUAGAGAGAAGAAAUUGGGUGAAGCUGUUUUUCGCUUGUGUUUACUAGAGGGCAAAACAUCGUUGGAGGAGCUUGAUGAGAUCAUGACUCGUCCAAGAUGGACCCGAGAGUAUCAAGAGUUGAAGAAUGUGGAGUGUUACGAUGAAUUCUUGAAACGAAUUCUAAUUUGA